GUCACUCCAAUCUGGCAACCUGGUGUUCAGGCUCCCCGGACACGGUGUUCGGCUUCAGGUCGCUCCUCUGAAUCCGGUUUAAGGAUCCUGAAUUAAACAGCGGACUGAAUCCCAGGUUUUAAUGCAUCAUGCUUCUGAUUUUACCUGCGUUUUUCUGCAUUUUAACCCGAGUCGGAAGUCUGCCCGUGUCGGACGUGAAGGGCAGCAGUUGUCUGGAGGAUGCGAGCAUGAGGACGGGUGGGCACUGGCCCCCCGCAGGCUGUGACGGACAGGUGACAGAUGACACCUUGACCCCUGAAGAGCGGCAUCAGGGUCUGCUGAGGGAGCUACAGGAGCUGGUUGAAAACGAGCUCAAGAGAGAGAAUGAAUACACUCGAGAAACCGAGGAGUACGACCUGAACAUGGGUGACCAGGAGGACAAGAAAGAAGUGAGACAGAGGGAUGAAGUUGGGAUGAAGGACAAGAAACAGGAGGAUGAAGAACCAGAACAGGAGGAGGAGGAGAGCGCUCGAGAACUGGAGGAACUGCUGGCUGAAGAGAUCCGAAAGAAAGAAGCGGGGAAAAAUGAUGACACGGAGCUGGAGGAGCUGAGAAGGAAGGAGGAGGAGGAGUCUGAAAAUGAUGAGGAGGAGGAGAGGAGGAAGAACGAGGCCGAGCUGACGGCGGAGAAGGAGAAGGUGGAGCGCGAGCUCAAGGCGCUGACGAGUGACGAGACGAAGGUAAAGGAGAGGCAGGAGAAGGAGGAGGAGCUUCAGGAGCUGCUGCAGAAGAUGGAACGAGCCAAGGAGGAAGAGGAGGAGGAAGGACCAACGGAGGGAGAGAGGGGAAAGGAGGAAUACACAACGCCCGAGACUAAAGAGCUGCAGCAGAAGAGGGAGAUGGAGAAAGCGAGCGACGAGAGGACACGCCAGUUCGAGAAGGAGCGAUACAGUGAUGAUGAGGAGGAUGAGGAGGAGGAAGGCGGAGAUGAAGACGAGGAGGAGGAGCAAGACGAAUCCGAGGAGCUGUUGGAGAUUGAAUCCCAGUUGAGGAGAGUGGCGGCCGAGCUGAGGAAACUGCACCGGGGCUAAAAACACACUCAGAUGACACACACAUGACACACACACACACACACAUGACACACACACACACACACUCACGCGUUAUGACAUUAACGGAAUUCCCUUCACCCUACACAGAAACACACUUCAUCACUCACAGUCCAGGUCAUAACGCUGACUCUGCACUAA